CUCCUGCCUCCGCCUGCUGUUCUACAACACGCUGAAAAUGCUCUUUCCAGUCUGGACUCUGUUCAGCUAAACUUUCGGAGGGGUUUUCCUUUGGGGUGGCUUGAUGCUGCGGCUCCAGCAGCAGGGCUGCAGUGUGGCUUAGGAAGGCUCCUGCCAGGGGGAGGUGGAGGAGGUGUGCUUCCUGCAUUCUUCUCACAACCUACUCACACAGUCCCAGCGGGGAGCCAAGCUGGGGGGAGAGACAGAGUCAGUCGGAAGAAGGAAAAGGGAAGAGAGAAGCUGCUUUGCUGGGGCUUGAUCUCGUUUUGCAGGAUAUUCUCCUGCAUGAAUGGGAGAUCCGCCCCUGAGGUCUGGGGAGCGCACGACCCUGAUUUUGCACAAGGCAAGUUUUUUAAAAAGAAAUACUUCGUGUGGGAGAGCAAGCCACUGAGAUCAGUAACUUUCCUCCGAGGCCGGAAUGCAGUGGUUGGAUGGCCGCUUUUCCCUCUCUGGGCAGAGGGGGGCUGGAGUUUCCUGUGCAGUUCUGGGAUUGACAAGCAGAAUUUGUACUUAGCAAAUUGCACUGGGACGGAGGAAACUUUUAAAGUUCCUUUUUGCCAUUUUGAUAUAAGCCACGUUCUUUCUUCCAGGAAAACCAGGCACGUCUGAUCUGACUGCAGUUGGAUUUUUUUUAUACCUCGAUCUCGAUUGCUUGUAUUAAAAAAAGUCGAGCCAUAAAUUCGGCCCACAGAAUCCCCCGCAAAUCAAACUAUUAGUUUUACAAUUUAAAAAAGUCUACCCCCCUCCCGCCUGUUUUCUCGACACUGAGAAUGAAGGAAGGAUUUGCAGUGAAAGCUCACUGAAGUGCAACUUCUCUGCCUCUGCCUGUGAAGCCAGCCUGUUGCGUCGUGUUACUGCAGCCACCGGCCCUCCUGAAUCCAGUGUUUUGCCCUUUACUCCCUGGGGUAAAAGGAGCACAAAGAGAAAAUACUGUUGGCAGCAAGGCGUCCUUUGUGGAGCUGACCCAAAAAGCUACAAGAGUCCAGUCCGUUUGGGAAAAAAAGAAGAAAAUCCUUUUGUCUCCAGCUCAAAAGUAGAAUUUGUUGAGGAGUGAAGAGAGCAUCAAGUGAUCCCAAUUACUGAAGGGACUGAAACCAUUUCUGAGUGGAGAUUUUGGACUUGCAGGCGGAAGGCCAGGUGUCCCCUCAUGUAUCAGUACUGCUCCUCCUGACUGAGGAAGUCAAAGUGACGGAAAUAAGGUCAACGGCAGCUUUUGCAUUCCACCCCAAAGGCACCACAGUUUGAGAUGAGGAAUUCAGAAGAGCAAACAGCUACGACAGUUUUACAGCGUCUGCUGCAGGAGCAGCUCCGAUACGGAAACCCAAAUGACAACCGCAACCUCCUUGCCUUACAUCAACAAGCCACAGGAAAUGCACCCCCUUUCAACAGCAGUGGGAGUCCAGGGUCUCAGAACGAAGGGCUGAGCACCCAGGACCAUCAGCUUGUGACUCAUGCUGCCCGCCAAGAGCCCCAGGGCCAGGAGAUUCAAGUGGACAAUAGCAUCAUGGAGAAGCAGCUCUCUCCAAGACUUCAGAACAGUGAAGACCUCCCAACGUACGAAGAAGCCAAAGUCCAGUCGCAGUAUUUCAGGGGCCAGCCGCAUGCUAGCGUUGGGGCAGCGUUUUAUGUGACGGGGGUAACCAAUCAAAAGAUGAGGACUGAAGGGCGGCCUACGGUUCAGCGAGUGAACCCUGGGAAAGUCCAUCAGGAUGAAGGACUUAAGGACCUCAAGCAAGGACAUGUUCGCUCUCUUAGUGAGAGGCUGAUGCAGCUGUCGUUGGCCACUAGUGGUGUCAAGGCACACGCACCCGUCACGAGUGCUCCACUUUCCCCCCAGCAGCCAAAUGACCUUUACAAAAACUCCGGUUCCAAUGAUUUCUAUAAAAACUCAGUGCCCACGCCUCCCCAGCCGAAUAUGAAAGCGAUAGAGCACCGGGGCCCUCCGCCAGAGUACCCUUACAAAAACAUGUCCACCCCACCCAUGAACUGCAAACCUCAGGACCCUGGACAUUUCUAUGGUGAUCAUCGCAUGAGCCAGCAGAGUAGAUCUGAUGGGCCUAUGAUGAGAUAUCAGCAUCCUCCUGAGUAUGGAUCAGUCAGGCAAAACCCUGAUCUACACCUGCAGUUACAGCAGAGACCCCCUCACCAUCACAGCCCAACUUCCUCCUUAACGUCCUUGGGAUCUUUGACCUUACUGCAGUCUCCACCACCAUCCAGAUUGUCUCCUUCCCAGCAUCAGCAACCCCUGACUCCAAAUCAGGGAGACCCAUGCUUUCUACCGCGGACCCAGCAGCUGUUCCUGUCAAACCAGGUCCAUCAGGGAGAUUUCUACCGACUAUGCCAGCCCGGUCUAGGCCAGCAGCAACAGCAGCAAGGAGAUUCCUACAUGUUAAUGCCAAGAGCUCAGCAGAUACCAUCUCCUUAUCAGCAGAUGCAAGUAGAUCCUUUUGCUAUUGUUUCCAGGGCCCAGCAGAUGGUGGAGAUCCUGUCAGAGGAGAACCGAUCCUUACGACAGGAGUUGGAUGGGUGCUAUGAGAAAGUGGCAAGGUUACAGAAGCUGGAAACAGAAAUUCAGCAAGUUUCGGAAGCAUAUAAAAACCUGGAGAAGUCCUCCUCUAAGCGGGAUGCCCUGGAAAAGGCUAUGAGAAAUAAGCUGGAAGGAGAAAUUCGUAGGCUUCAUGAUUUCAACAGGGAUUUGAGAGAGCGUAUGGAGACAGCCAACAAGCAGCUUGCUGAGAAGGAAUUUGAGGGAUCUGAGGACAAUCGGAAAACCAUCUCUCAGCUCUUUGCACAAAAUAAAGAAACGCAGAGGGAGAAGGAGAAACUGGAGAUAGAACUAGCUGCUGCACGCUCCAACAAUGAGGAUCAGCGAAGGCACAUUGAGAUCCGUGAUCAGGCCUUAAACAAUGCUCAGGCCAAGGUGGUGAAACUGGAGGAAGAGCUGAAAAAGAAGCAGGUUUAUGUCGAGAAGGUGGAGAAGAUGCAGCAGGCAUUGGUUCAGCUGCAGGCAGCUUGUGAGAAGCGAGAACAGUUGGAGCACCGGCUCCGAACUCGCCUGGAGAGAGAACUGGAGUCUCUCCGGAUGCAGCAGCGUCAAGGUACAUCUCAGACUGCCAGCGCCUCGGAGUACAGCGCCACAGCACUUAUGGAACUCCUGCGGGAGAAGGAGGAGAGAAUUCUUGCCCUGGAAGCUGACAUGACUAAAUGGGAACAGAAGUACCUAGAGGAGAGCGUGAUGAGACAGUUUGCUUUGGAUGCGGCAGCUACGGUGGCUGCUCAGAGGGACACAACUGUGAUCAGCCACUCGCCUAAUGCUAGCUACGACACCUCCUUGGAAGCUCGCAUUCAGAAGGAAGAAGAGGAGAUCCUGAUGGCCAAUAGGCGGUGUCUUGACAUGGAGGGCAGGAUAAAGACUCUCCAUGCUCAGAUCAUUGAAAAGGAUGCCAUGAUUAAAGUCCUCCAGCAGCGCUCCCGGAAAGAGACCAGUAAGACAGAUCAGCUGUCUUCAAUGAGACCAGCUAAGUCCCUGAUGUCAAUUUCUAAUGCUGGAUCAGGCUUGCUGUCCCACUCUUCAACCCUGAGCAGCACUCCCAUAUUGGAAGAGAAGAGGGAGGACAAAAGCUGGAAGGGCAGUUUAGGUGUUCUGCUGGGUCCAGAAUGUCGCUCGGAAUCCAUUCCUUCAACUCCCUCACCGGUCCUUCCCUCCACCCCGCUGCUGUCUGCACACUCGAAAACAGGCAGCCGAGACUGCAGCACGCAGACAGAUAGGGGAAGUGAACAAAAUAAAGCUGCUUCCUCUGCCGUGGCCCUUGUACCAGGGCGACUCCCCACUACCAGUGUGCCCUACAAUUCAGACAAAACAGAUGGGCCAGUUUUCCACUCCAGCACUUUGGAAAGAAAACCGCCUGUUCACAGCUUGGGGCAGGACCUCACUGAUGCAGAAAUGGUGGAAUACCUCAUCUGAAAGGCUGAACUUGUAUCAAAGCUGGGACACAAUAGCAAGAAUUUUUUUUAAAAAGACAUUUUUAUUGGAAAAAAUAUAGUACCUGAGUAAUAAAGGAACACUCAGCUCUUCGCUCUUGUAUAUUAGGUCUCAAAAAUGUGGACAGGUUAAUUUAUGAUUUAUUCUAAAUUAUAAAAUACUUGUUCUUUGAAA